CCCCCAUCAUUCAUGACUGCAAGAGCAACAAAAAAAAAAAAAAAACCCAUCAAUUUCAAAAACCUAAUUCUUCUUUUCUGGAAAAAAUUGCAGGGGAAAAGCAACAAUGUUUGGUAGAAAUUAAAAACCCAACCUCUAAAAACGACCCCAACUGAAAGGUCUCCUUCUCUUUCUCCCACCGCCCUGCCUGCAAGAUCAACCCAAAACCCAUCAAUCCUUCCUCCACCAUUUCAAAGAACGAACCACCAGCAUCGGAACCCCACACACCAUUCUCUGUUGAAGCCAUCUUCCCAAAACAGCCACCCAAAACAACACAUUACCCAUCGAUUACCAUUUCGCCUUCAAAUCAGUGACCAAACUCUAUACCAGAAGUCAUCUAUGUUAGCAGCUGAAGUGUGAGCAUCACGAGUUCAUAGCCGGACCACCUGCCAAAAAUUGUAACAGCGCUCCUAAACGCAGUCAGAAUCGGAACCGGAUCUUGCUGAGUUUAUUUGGACGGAAUCCCAAAGAUAAUUGAUGGAAGGCUUGGUGCACUAUCGAAUCAACCCCAUUCAUGCUACUCGUAGACAAUAUCGCUCUUGUCUUGUACCAGCAUUUUCCCUUCUUUUGUCAAAGAAUUUCACCAAAACUCCAGUUUUGUUUAUGAAAGGUCAUCGAUCAUUCAAUUCUGUUGUUGCUUCUGUUCAGUCUUUGGACGCCUCUGGUUUAGGCCACUUUGACAAUACCCUGCCAUCCAAAGUCAUUCUUCAACUUUGGAGAAGUGCUGAUGCUGUGUGCUUUGAUGUGGAUAGCACGGUGUGCCUGGAUGAGGGCAUUGAUGAACUUGCAGAGUUUUGUGGAGCUGGAAAGGCUGUUGCAGAUUGGACUGCAAGAGCAAUGGGUGGUUCUGUUCCCUUUGAGGAGGCCUUGGCUGCUAGAUUAUCUCUGUUCAAACCUUCCUUACCGCAAGUUCAAGAAUUUCUUGAAACGAGGCCCCCAAAGAUUUCCCCUGGCAUAAAUGAGUUAGUCAAGAAGCUGAAGGCUAAGAACACAAAUGUUUAUCUGAUCUCCGGAGGCUUUCGUCAAAUGAUCAAUCCUGUUGCAUCAAUCCUUGGUAUUCCACCCGAAAACAUAUUUGCAAACCAGCUACUCUUUGGAAGUUCUGGGGAGUUUGUAGGGUUUGAUGUGAAUGAGCCUACUUCCAGGAGUGGAGGAAAAGCAACGGCAGUUCAGAAAAUAAGGAAGGUCCAUGGAUACAAGGCUCUGGUUAUGAUUGGGGAUGGUGCAACAGAUCUUGAGGCUCGUAAACCAGGAGGCGCUGACUUGUUUAUUUGCUAUGCGGGUGUUCAACUUCGAGAGGCUGUUGCUGUGAAAGCUGAUUGGCUGGUUUUCAAUUUUGCAGAUCUGAUCAAUUCCUUGGAAUAGCUUGAAAUUCACUGUUCAUAUGAGAGCAUCAAUCAAGAAGAAUCAGCAUUUGGUUUCCUUCUCAUGCUCCUAUUAUAUAGAUUUAGCCUCUGUUGACCAAUCAAAAGUAUUUCCCCAUGGAACUGUGAUGGGAUGCAAAUGGGAGAGUUCAGUGUUAAUUUUUUCUUCUUUGUCGAUCACUAUUUUGUACAUCAUGGUGCUACAUAUCUGGAACUGAUGGUGUGGUUUUGUUUUGCGAUUAUACGUGUGUUUAUGGAAUGCUAAAUUGUACACGCAACUUGAUUCUGGAAAUACCACCUGCCCAUUGAUAUUUUGCGAUUA